UUCGGCCAUCACUAAGGCUAAGUCAUCAAACGAAAAAAAUACAGAAAAAUUGGCCAAGGAAUAGAUAAAAUUCGCCAAGUCAAGUUAACGCACGCGAAAAACGCGAAAAAGAACAAGCUAAAAAGACAUAUUUGCACGCAGUGUGUUCAUUAUCGAGUUGCCUUUGCGCCCGUGACCAAUAAAACGCAGUGAAAAUGGCCUUGAAAGUGCUGGUGGGCCAGAAGCUGAUGAACGAGGUGGUGAAGUACAAGCCUCCACCACCCAAAAAGCAGGGCGUUACGUCCGCCGCGGGGGCGGGGGGCAUGGAGUGGAGGGUGCUGGUGGUGGACAAGCUGGGUAUGCGCAUGGUCUCCGCCUGCACCAAGAUGCACGAGAUCAGCGCCGAGGGCAUCACCCUGGUGGAGGACAUCAACAAGAAGCGUGAGCCCCUGCCCACCAUGGACGCCAUCUACCUGAUUACGCCGUCGGAUGAGUCAGUGCGCGGGCUGAUUCGAGACUUCGAGAACCCAGCGCGACCCAUGUAUCGCUAUGCCCAUGUCUUCUUUACCGAAGUCUGUCCCGAGGAGCUCUUCAAUGAUCUGUGCAAGUCGUGUGCCGCGGGAAAGAUCAAAACCCUGAAGGAGAUCAACAUUGCAUUUUUGCCGUACGAAUGCCAGGUGUUCUCGCUGGACUCGCCGGACACAUUCCAAUGCCUCUACUCGCCGGCCUUUGCCUCCAUUCGCAGCAAGCACAUCGAGCGGAUUGCCGAGCAAAUAGCCACACUGUGCGCUACCCUUGGGGAAUACCCGAAUGUGCGCUACCGCAGCGACUGGGACAGGAACAUCGAUCUGGCGGCGUCGGUGCAGCAGAAGCUGGACGCCUACAAGGCCGACGAUGCCACCAUGGGCGAGGGACCCGAGAAGGCUCGAUCUCAGCUGCUGAUCCUGGAUCGCGGCUUCGACUGUGUGUCGCCACUGCUGCAUGAGCUCACGCUCCAGGCCAUGGCCUACGAUUUGCUACCCAUCGUCAACGAUGUCUAUCGCUACACGCCCGGCCCCAAUCAGCCGGAUAAAGAGGUGCUGCUCGACGAAAACGACGACUUGUGGGUGGAGCUGCGUCACGAGCAUAUCGCUGUUGUCUCCACACAGGUGACUCAGAACCUGAAGAAAUUUACCGACUCGAAGCGCAUGGGCUCGGCCGACAAGUCGUCGAUGCGCGAUCUCUCGCAGAUGAUCAAGAAGAUGCCGCAGUACCAGAAGGAACUGUCCAAGUACUCCACCCAUUUGCAUUUGGCCGAGGACUGCAUGAAGUCCUACCAGAACUACGUGGACAAAUUGUGCCGCGUCGAACAGGAUCUGGCCAUGGGCACGGACGCCGAAGGCGAGAAGAUCAAGGAUCAUAUGCGCAACAUUGUGCCCAUCUUGCUGGAUGCCAAUGUCUCGAACUAUGACAAAGUUCGCAUCAUUGCACUCUAUGUCAUGAUCAAGAACGGAAUUUCCGAGGAGAACCUGACCAAGCUGUUCACGCAUGCCCAGCUGUCGCCGAAGGAUCAGGAUAUGGUGCGUAACCUUAGUUGCUUGGGCAUCAAUGUCAUUGCAGAUUCGCGCAAGAAGCAGUACUCGGUGCCGCGCAAGGAGCGCACCACAGAAAGCACCUACCAGAUGUCCCGCUGGACCCCGGUGAUCAAGGACAUCAUGGAGGAUUGCAUAGAGGAUAAGCUCGAUCUCCGCCACUUCCCCUUCCUCGAGGGCAGGGCACAGAAUACCAAUUAUCAUGCCCCAACCAGUGCCCGCUAUGGUCACUGGCACAAGGACAAGGGCCAGGCGCAGGUGAAGAAUGUGCCCAGGCUCAUUGUCUUCAUCGUGGGCGGCGUGAGUAUGUCCGAGAUGCGGUGCGCCUACGAGGUGACCAAUGCGGUUCGCAAUUGGGAAGUCCUUGUGGGCUCCUCGCACAUCCUGUCGCCCGAAAUAUUCCUCAGCGAUUUGGGUAGUCUCUCGAAGGAGGACUAAAGAGCUAAUUGGGUCAUAUUCUUGUUAAUGAUUUUGUCACAUUUAUCGUGUUUAAAAAUAGUUUGUUAUUCCUUACCGAAGGUUCAAAAUGAUUCCUUAAGAAAUUAUUAUACUAAUUACAUAUUGCAAUAUAUAUUAAAAAUACAAUACAUAAAUUAUAUACGCAUUACAUAAUAUAUUACAAAUAUAUAGUAUUUUACUCUUAGCCGAAUAUAAAUAAAUAUUAACUUCAAUAAUACGCGUAGUAUUAUUUCAAUUAAGCCCCUAUACUGGCUCAUAUACUGUAGUACGAAAUGUAGUAGAAAACACGGGUCACGGAUUUCACAGCACCAUAAAAUAUUCACCUCGGAUUGCAACAAUGUUAAAUGUAUUUCCGAAUUAGUCAAAUUGAUAAUGUUAUGGAUGAG